AUGCUAAGAGAUGCCGUCAAAGAUUUAAAUGGCAAGAACAACCAGAAGUUUUCGUAUACAUUCACUAUAUUAGGUGCUUCGGGCAACUUGGCUAAGAAAAAAAUCUAUCCAACCUUGUGGGCUUUAUAUCGAGAUGAAUUGCUUCCUAAAAAUAUAAACAUAAUAGGUUAUGCUCGGAGCAAUUUGACCGUGGCCGACAUUAAAUCCGGAUGCUGCUCGUACAUUUCAAAAACCGAUCAUGAAUCCGAAAAAAUAGGCUUGUUUUUCAGAAUGAACAGGUACAUUCAAGGAUUGUAUGAUUCAAGUAAAGAUUUCAGAAAUUUAAAUGAUGUUAUAUCAUCCUUAGAAAAAACGCCUUCUGCUAAUAGAAUUUAUUAUCUGGCACUUCCACCUGGUUUAUAUACUGGUGUAACAUCCAUUAUUAAAGAAGAAGGCAUGUCAUCCAAAGGAUGGACUCGCAUAAUUAUAGAAAAGCCAUUCGGAAGAGAUAGUGAAAGCUGCCAUGCUCUGUCGAUGCAUUUGUUUUCGCUAUUCAAGGAAGAUCAAAUAUAUCGCAUUGAUCAUUACCUUGGAAAAGAAAUGGUUCAAAAUCUAAUGGCUCUCAGAUUUGCGAAUCGGAUAUUCUCCCCAGCAUGCAAUCGUGAAAGUAUUGCUGCUGUUAGGAUUUUAUUCAAAGAGCCAUUUGGCAUCGAAGGAAGAGGAGGGUAUUUUGAUAACUAUGGCAUAAUAAGGGAUGUUAUGCAAAAUCAUUUGCUGCAAAUCUUGAGCCUCGUGGCCAUGGACAAACCUGUCAGCACAUGCGCAGAAGAUAUAAGAGACGAGAAAGUGAAGGUGCUGCGCUGCGUGGAGGAAGUUGAGCUUGGAAAUGUGGUCUUGGGUCAGUAUGUUGGGAAUCCUGAACUAGAUGGUGAAGCGAAGAAUGGCUAUUUGGACGAUCCAACGGUUCCAAAUGAUUCCUUGACGGCCACAUACGCAUUAGCCGCUUGCUUCAUAAACAAUGAAAAGUGGCAAGGUGUUCCCUUCAUUCUUAGUUGUGGAAAAGCUUUGGACGAAAGGAAAGCCGAAGUUCGUAUUCAGUUUCGAGACGUAUGUAGAGAUAUCUUUAAUGGUAAAUGCAAAAGAAAUGAAUUAGUCAUAAGAGUUCAGCCGUGUGAAGCAAUUCUUGUGAGGCUGAUGAAUAAAAUUCCUGGUAUCACAUUUGACAUCGAAGAAAUGGAGCUUGAUUUGAGAUACAAGAGCAAAUACAAAGACUUAGUUUUGCCUGAUGCCUAUGAAAGACUUCUUUUGGAUGUAUUUUGUGGAAGUCAAGUGAAUUUUGUGCGUAACGACGAGUUAGACGAGGCAUGGAGAAUUUUCACCCCAGUUCUACGUAAAAUAGAGGAAGAGAAGAUAAAACCUCUUUCAUACAUGUUUGGAAGUACGGGUCCCUCUCAAGCAGAUGAAUUGAUUGAACGUCUUGGAUUUAAAUUUUAA